ACACAGUGUAUUAUUAAUCUCAUUAUAUACCCAGAAGCGUGUUUUCAACCGUGACAAUACUACUGUGCCCUGCAGGAACACCGGUCAGUCCAGAUUUAAUCCCAAGAACUUUGAUGUCUGCUGCCGUUCUGGACAUCCGAUUUUAUCAUUACAGUUGGUGAAAAUGCGUAUAUUGGACGCUAUAUUAAAGAAGAAUGAGACACAUAAAAACAAAAAUGCCAUUCCAGCAGAUUUAUCAGCAGAACAGAGGGAUUUCAUGGAGCACACUUACUUUGACAGAAUGCCCAAGACAGAUUAUACAUACUCCAGAAGCCCCAGCUAUAGCAGGAGGUAUCUAAACAAGCCUUAUAAAAUCCCCAACAUGUCGAGACGGCUGGUCAGGUCUGGCACCAGCCUUGUGGAGGACAUCAGUGAUGUUUACAGUUCUGAGGAGGAAGAUGGAUACAUUUCAACGCCAAGUAUGGAAAUGUCGGAAACCUAUAUCACUAGUAGAACAGUUAUUGAGGAUGGUAUGGUACUGCGAUCUGGUAAAGGUAUAAAAAAUGCUAAAGAAAUAUUUGAAGAGCAUGAAAGAGCUAGAAAGAGGAAGUCUAAAGGACAAGUCAAUAGUGCAGUCAGUUCUAGAUCACGUGGACGUUUAUCAUUAGCAUCAGACAUGGUAACGAGUACAAACAUGUUGGAAAGCCACCAGUCUCAGUCUUCCUUGUCUCAGAAAAUGCGAACCAAAGUGCGAAAAACAUUAGUGCAAGAAUUUGAGGAAACAGAAAUAGAAAAAGGAAUGAAAGAAGCUGCAAAUGAAAAAAGACGCAUAAGUCAAAGAGAUUCUCUUCAUAGUCUUAACCAUUUAUAUGGCCUGGACUAUGAAGUGUCAGGUGUGGAAUCAGAAGAGGAAUAUACUGAUUCAUCUAAAAAAGACUACAGUUACAAUGCAUCCCGCCGACAGAAGAUUCUGGAAACAGAAGAGAAUCUUGAGGACAUUGCUACAUUAACCACAGUCACCACCACCGUGGUCACUACAAUAAUAGAGCGGGUAUCAGCAGUGGCAAGCCCAGUGGUCACACCUGUGUGGAACACUGUUGGAAGUCCUGUGUGGAAUGCUGUGGGUCGACCAGUGUGGACAUACAUUUUCCAGCCAAUAUGGACAUAUGCAGUGCAACCAGCUUACUAUAGUUUGUCUUCAAUCAUGAUGACUACUGUCAUGAUUCUACAAUACCUGGUGUCUCAGGCCGUACUCUGGGAUACCUGGCUACUCUCUAGGAAGAAGAACAGAUGUUGUUUAUGUAUCCCUCUACUGUUGUUGUUACCAUUGUUGAUGUUGUCAGGUGUUGUACCACAUGUGCAGAAUCUCAGUUCAGUAUUUAGUUCUCGUCAGCAUUUAGGAGAAGGAAUCUCAGUUUCAAAUGAACAUUUAUUAAACACAAUAAAUCUAAAAGAGGAGGUGAAGAGGAUUAUUAUACAGCUUCAAAGCAACUCGCAAAACCAACUCACAGAAGCAGAUGUAGAACGUAUUGUUGCUGGUAAAAUUUCUACAGAGUUGUCUGCCCUUAAACUUGAUCUUGAAGGGAAAGAAAACCAACAGAUUGCAGCCGAGAUCCAUAAAAACAACGAGCAGGCAAUCAAACUUCAGCAACUCCACACUAGUCUUCUAAGUAACAUCACGAUGGUGGAGGAGAAAAUUAAGAUGGAAAAUGAGAACCUAGGAAUUGUGGGGGCUGAAUACCAGAGUCGGACAAUUAAUAACCUGAACCAACUCAGAGAUGACCUUGUAGCACUCCAAGAGAAGUUGAAAGGAGUAGAAAUCUCCCAACAAAUGCUGGAGCUACAGAUGAGGAACUGUUGUCGUAAUGACACUGCCUUAGCAGCAUAUAUUCAUGAUCAUAUCAGCACAAUACUGGCUCAGGUGAUGGGAGGCCAUGAGAGUGGAAAUGGACCACAGGAUACAUUUACAGCUUGGUUACACAAUAAUUAUGUCAGUCGCAAAGACUUGGAGGAGCGAAUGUCACUCAUGGCUGCUGAUAUCACCCGUAACAUCCUAGCUGAGCAGAGGAAGGGAGUGGAACCUUCAAUUACUAUCUCAAACUCAGGGGGUGGAGCUGACAUCUCAGAACAGCUCAUAAAGAACAUUGUGGAUGAAGCUUUACUUAAGUACAGUGCAGACAAGAUUGGCCUCCCAGACUUUGCUUUGGAAUCCUCUGGAGGAAGUGUGAUAAGCACAAGAUGUUCAGAGACUUACCAUAAAAAGACAGCUCAGUACAGCAUCAUGGGUAUACCUUUAUGGUAUGCAUCAAACUCUCCUCGUACUGUCAUACAGCCGGAGGUUCAUCCAGGUUCAUGCUGGGCAUUCCAGGGAAGUCGGGGCCAACUAGUGGUGGAACUCUCAACCAUUAUAACACCAACAGGAUUCUCACUUGAACACAUCCCUAAAUCUCUAGCACCUAAUGGUAAAAUUGACAGUGCCCCCAAGGAUUUUCUUGUACAGGGAUUAACGGGCGAGAAAGAUGUGUCUGGCAAAGUACUGGGUAACUACACUUACAAUGAUGAUGGCAGACCUCUUCAGUUUUUCCCUAUACAGGUUUCUGAUCCAGGACUGUUCAAGUUUGUGGAACUCAAGAUUCUAAGUAACCAUGGUAAUCCAGUAUUCACAUGUCUAUACAGAUUCCGUGUCCAUGGCUCACCAUAUACAGGAUGAAGAGUUUGUCCAGGAAUAUAUGUCUACAGGGUCUAAACAAUAAUGGAGUUAGAUGUGUUCAUUAAAAAAGUUUAUUCCUCACCAUUGUGUAUGAUAUAUGAAAUGAUUUGAGCACUGUUCAUGGCUUAUACUUCAUACCUCAAAGAACAUUGUACUCUUUAUGUUGAGAAGUGAUGCUGUGAAAAAGUGCAUUAUGACUUACAUCUUCAAUUGUAGCAGCUUGGCUAUACGUCAGUGUUACAAGGAAAUAUCCUGAUGGAUUACUACAAGCUUUCACCGGCUAGUGAAGUUAAACCAUGUGAUAUGUUCAGACUAUGGAACUGUGGUAUACAGAAACAACACUAUCUAUGGACCCUGAAUAGUACUCAUUCCAAAUGAUAAGAUGGCAGAAAACUUGAGAUCACUUGUCAUGUAUAGAGAACUUAUAAGGAUUGGUAAAUGUUGUUCUGACCAUGCUUGAACAGAUGGUUUUUGCCGCCAAAAUACUUGCUCAGUGAAAUAUUUGGACACCAACUUAGAUCUACAGCAAUAGGUCAGAUGACACAUAAUAUGAUUAACCAUUGAGGAAAAAAACCAAAUGUGAAAGGCUUUGAUGCCGUUUCCUGUAUGAUUAACCUGAUAUGAUUUUUUUUUCUAGGAUAUUAAUUUUAAGGUGAAAUUGUAAUAAGGGGAUUUGUGUGGUAUUUAUAUUUAGCCAAGUUUAUAGGAAUUGAUGAGAGAAAGUGUAAACAUGAGUAAAAUUAUGUAAGCUGGUGCUGUGAAUGGGAGAGUAUUGGAUGUGGAGACACAAAAUUAAUUCACAUUUUGCUACACAUGUAAAGAUGGCUCUUAAUAUAUAUAUUUAUAUAUUACACAUAGUUGUAAAGUUAUCUUUGUUUAAUAUAUCUGUGUAUGUACAUGCCUUUGUGAUAUUUAUAUGUGACUUUGGCUACUGUUAUGUCUUUAAAGCAUAUAUUUAGUGAAUGGGACACAUCCUGGCUAAUAUAGUAUGGUGUUUGCCUCCGGCUGUCAUAAUCUGGUUUCUGCAUGUUCAUUUACUCUUUAGCAGAUGCUAAUAUUUGAUUUGGUUUGUAGCUGUAUAAUGAGAAGAUGUAGCUGGUCACAAUCAAUUUAUCUUUAGAUUUUAGGCCCUCAUAAGCACAAGUUUUAUUUGUUGAAUACGGCAUUAGUAAGAUGCUGAAACGUCUACAUAAAGUUACUUGAGGGGGGAAAUGUUAAAAAACGUAACUGGCUAUAGUUCUUUAUGUGUUCAUUGCAUAAUACACAAAAAUUCAUUUCAUGAAAUUGAAUCAAUGGAUAUGUCAAUACUUUAUCUAAUUUGGGAUAGGUCAAUACUUUAUCUAAUUUGGGAUAGGUCAAUACUUUAUCUAAUUUGGGAUAGGUCAAUACUUUAUCUAAUUUGGGAUAGGUCAAUACUUUAUCUAAUUUGGGAAAGGUCAAUACUUUAUCUAAUUUGGGAUAGGUCAAUACUUUAUCUAAUUUUUGAUAGGUCAAUAUUUUAUCUAAUUUGGGAUAGGUCAAUGCUUUAUCUAAUUUGAGAUAGGUCAAUACUUUAUGUAAUUUUGGAUAGGUCAAUACUUUAUCUAAUUUGGGAUAGGUCAAUACUUUAUCUAAUUUGGGAUAGGUCAAUGCUUUAUCUAAUGUGGGAUAGGUCAUUACUUUAUCUAUUUGCUUCCUUUUGCCUUUUUGGACAGUCUUCUGAAUAUUUAGUGUUAUUUACUUAUUGGUGAAAUUUGCAUAAUUCAAUGACCUUGCUUGAACUCUACAUAAAUGAAAUUAGUAGCCAAGUUGCACCAUUAUUUUGUAAUAUUGGACAUGAAAUUAAUGACACGUUUAGUUUUUUUCACCCAUUAUCAGUUCUCUUUAGAUUGAAAUUUGAGGUAUUAACCAUUAAUUGGUUAUCACAUUGUUGAUAUGACUGAGAUGCUGUCAAACCUUGCCUAUUGGAGUGAUAUAGAAACACCUUGGCAAUUAUCAAGAUUUCAUUCCUGUAUUGUUUUACGCUGCUGCCUUAUAUAUAGGAGCUUGACUUUGUCAUAAAUGUACCAAAUAAAAAUAUCAUAUCAAGUGGUAAUAAUGUGGGUCCUCAGAAAUCUUUCCAUUUAAUUAUACAUUGUGCAAUGUUGGUGACAUGACUUUUUUUUCAUUUUUUUUCUUUAAUAUAAAUUUUAUAUAUGACUGGAUUUCUGAUGUCAAAUAGUUGUAGCAUUUUUAUGCCUGUUUUUACUACCUGAUUGUUUUAUUUGUAGUUAUAGCAACUAGAUGAAUUCUUCUUUACAUUUUGUUUCCAUUCCAAGCAGUUAGAGAGCGAUUCCUUUUGAAGUUUUUGUUUGGGCUUUGUAGAUUUAUGUUAAGUCAGUGAUGAAGGUGUCAAUGUUUACCCAUAUUUUGUUGAAGUGUUGUGUUUGUAACUUAGUGCAUGGAUCUGCAUAAUAUAGCCAUUUCUCAUAUGUGUACAAGGCUUACUGUUCAAUGCCAUUCAUGUAGUUUUGUUUAAUCUUAGAUAAAGCAAGAAAAAAUGGAAGUCAUUACUUUUAGCUGAUAACAGAACAAAGCAACACUAGUACUAAGGUUUCCAUAGGUGCAGGUGUGAGAACUUAACCAAUGUAAUGAUGUAAGAUUUUAUCUCCUUAGGAGUAAGAGGAUUUAUCUUAAAAAUGUUUUAGUGAUUCUUAUUCAUUCAGGGAAAUUAUUCUAAUCAUGAAGUUAAUAGUUAACCUAGAUGUUUAUCAGAAGACAAAGGAAACAACACUAGGAGAGGUAUCACAUUGUACACAGAAUUAUUACCAAGUUAAAUGCAGCUUUUUCUUUUUGUGUGGUAUGUUAACACUAGAUUUUGACAGUUUUGUCAUUUUACCAGGUAUUGCAUCACCUUAUUUUAUCGCUUGAAUCAUUUCAGCUUUUUAUACAGCAUUGGCUUCUAAAACAGUAGUUCAUUCUUCAUUUUUAUAACAGUAGAACCAUUGGGUAACUCGGGAGGUUGCUAGAGCCCCGAUAAUCAUCACACUGAUAGUCCUUAUUACUAAUGUAAUGAUGGUUAAGACAAAAUAUUAAAGACCUUAUUUGGUCAGCAGAAAAUUCUAUCAAAUUUUAGAUGGAACAGCUUUCAUGACAGCUGAUUGAUGAAUUGGCUGGAGAUGUACAAUAUUUGCCUUGUUCUUCAGUUCACCUGUCUCUCAGAUUUAUGUUGAUGUUGAUUUCAUUGCAUGGAAACUUUUUCUGGGUUUUACAUUAAUCACAAAUAUUCAAGGGAUUUUUUUUUUCUGCAGGUUUUUAACUGUGAAAUGACAGUGUGCAAGUGAGAAACAGUUAUUUCACAAAUAUUCUCAUGUUUAAAAGAUUUUUUUUAUUUCUAUCUUCUUUUUUUUAAGAAUAUUAUUCAUCAAUGAUCUGUUGAUUUCACCUGUUUUUGUUUGUAUUUCAGGUUGUUAAAUGUAGUUUUACCUGUGGUAGAAGUCUCUUUGUGAAUUAUGUGAAUGUCCUCAUGUGUUUAUUUGUACCAUCAUUAGUCUGUUUUUUAUACGUAAUGUGUUCAUUUUUAGAAUCAAAUAAAUUUUACAGACAGUGUUAAAGCCUCAAAAUUCCUAACUGGUAUAAGUGUAUACCACUAUCUAUUAUUGUGAAAGCAGCUAAUUAUGUAAUAACGUCUUCUUGAUGAAUAAUUAGUUGAUGAUAUAAAUAGAAUUGAAUAUUAGAUUGUAACUUUAUAUUGUUGAUAACAAUAAUCUGUAUCAAUACAAAUUUGAUAGUAACGAUAUUUGGUGAAUCGGAAUUUAUUGUCUCUCAUAUUAAUAAUGCAGUUUAAAAAAUAUCUUAAUUGUGAUUAAUCCUCCCUGGAGAUUUUAUUUGGUUUGGUUGUCUUUUGAAGCCCCUACACAAGACAGACCAGUUAAGGUCAACACCACCUAAGCUGUCCAAGGUAGUUUGUUUAAAUGUUAUUAUUGUUAACUUAUAUAUGCUAGGCAGAAGGUCUGUUGACGUUGUGUAUUUGUUGUGCGUUAAAGAUAUACGUGUAUUGUUUCAUUUUUACUAUGACGUGUUAGGCAGCAUCCUAAAAUAAAUCACUUACAGUCGUAA